AUGACCGAUGAGCAAGUAGAGAUUGAUAGGGGCGGGGAGGGAGGGAAUGAAGGAAGCACUGGGCAAGCUGAGAGAAGUCCGAUUCGACCAGUCGCGAGCACGCCAGCUCAGGAUCUCGGCCCAAAACUUGCGCUUCCAGCUGUAAGUCACGGAAAUGGGACCUUUAGGAAUGGUUAUUGGUUCUAUGGACCUUGGUGUGGACCGAUAUCUGGGGCGAUAUUUGGGUGGUUCUUGUAUGAUGCGGCGAUCUUUGUUGGGGUUGAGAGUCCGGUCAAUUAUUCGAGGAAGAGAAUGGCCAGGGCUUGGAAGAAAUCAAGGAUUGAGAAGAAGGUUAGAAGGGGUAGAAGGAAGGUGAAGUUCGGGGGCGAGAAGGGAGGGAGGAUUAAGAUGGGUGAUGGGGCGAAGCUGUAAUGGGAAUUUGAUGAUGUGAUGUUAUGAUCUCGCCGAUUCUAGAAGUGUAGACUUAGGUAAUAUAGACCUGGUGUUUGGAC